CAAAUAUAAUUAAAAAUGAUGGCACCUACUAUGAAAAGCAUAUCUAUGAUCCCUCUCGCUCUCCACUAUCUAUCGUCGACGACAAAAACUUCCCACGCUAUAAACCCUUCGCGCAAUAGUUGCAGAGAUCUCAAGAAGCAAAAAGAGAAAACAAUGGUUAAAACUAUAUCUCUCGUGAUCCUCUCCGUGUUACUACUCUCCUCGUCUCUCGGCAGCGCUACAGCGACGGAGACGAAGCAGGGCCAGGAGGAAGUGCAGCGUAUGUACGAGCAGUGGCUUAUGGAGAAUCGGAAGAACUAUAACGCUCUUGGAGAGAAAGAGAGACGGUUCAAUAUCUUCAAAGACAACUUAAAGUUGAUAGAAGCACACAACUCUGUCCCGGACCGGACUUACGAACUCGGUUUGACCCGGUUUGCGGAUCUGACGGAUGAUGAGUUUCGAGCUAUUCACUUGAGGGGAAAGAUGGAAGUGACAAGUGAUCCAGUGAUAGGAGACAGGUAUUUGUACAAAGAAGGAGAUGUUUUGCCUGACAAAGUAGAUUGGAGAGAUGAAGGUGCAGUUGCUCCAGUCAAAGAUCAAGGCGACUGUGGAGGUUGUUGGGCGUUCUCGGCGACUGGAGCGGUGGAGGGUUUAAACAAGAUCAAGACAGGAGAAUUAGUAUCUUUGUCGGAACAAGAACUCAUGGAUUGCGACAGAGAGGGGGAUUCCGGAAACUUUGGAUGUUUAGGAGGUAGCGCAGCCAACGCUUUCGAAUUCAUCAUCGAAAACGGUGGUAUUGUAACGGAUAAAGUUUACCCUUAUACUGAAAAUGAUACUGCCGCAUGCAAGGCCAUUGAGAUGGUUACAACUCGGUAUGUUACAAUUGAUAGUCACGAGGAUGCUCCUCAUAAGGAUGAAAUGUCUUUGAAGAAAGCUGUUGCUCAUCAACCUAUUAGUGUUAUGAUUGAAGCCGAAAACAUGAAACUCUACAAAUCUGGUGUGUUUACAGGACCAUGUGAUCAUUGGUAUGGAAACCACAAUGUGGUAGUCGUGGGGUAUGGAACGACAGAAAGAGGUGAAGACUACUGGAUUAUUCGUAACUCAUGGGGAGCUAACUGGGGAGAAAGUGGAUACCUUAAGCUCCAACGUAACUUCCAUAAUUCAACAGGGAACUGUGGAGUCGCAAUACGGCCUGUGUACCCACUCAGGUCCACCAACUCAGCAUUUGGUUUGUUGUCUCCAAGUAUCUUUAAAUUGGGGGUUUUAUUUGUUUUAAUUGGUUGGGCCUUGUUGUGAGAUAGACUUUGCCAAGCUCUAUCCAAAAGCCGGGUGUUUGUGUUUGUUAUCUUAAUUUAGUUCAAUCUUCUCAUCAAGGGAUUUUGAGAUUUAUUUAAGGCUUUCGUGUUCCUCCAUUGUUCAGAACUGAUUAAAAAGAGAGAGAGACGUUUUCCUUC